CGGAAGAGAGGCGGGGCUGCUGGCCUCACGGCCACUAGAUGCAGUCUCUGUGUCCUCUCUGGCCUCUCAGAGGUGGGCUCUGGGGUGGCCUCCUCCCCUCCCCACUGGUUGCUGAGCCUUGGCCCUGGCACCUUCUGCUGGCCCCUUGGCAGUCCUCAAGGUGUUUCCCCAGGAGGAGGGAAGGAAGGUUUGUGCCUUCUGCCUGGAUGAGCUCAGGGCACUGAGCUUCCUCGGGGCACUCGACUCGAGUCCUUCAGGGCACUGGGCAUCGAUCGGCACAGGCGUGCCUCUGUCCCUGGCCAGGGCUCUGUCUCCCACAGGAACGCAGGGGCUCCCUCCGAGCUCCCUCCACGCUGCCCUUGGCUGGCAGGGACUCUGGCCAGACCUGAGCCAGGGCCUCCAGGGCCGUCCUUCCUGGAGGCUCGUUUCUUCAGCCUCCUGAGCCACAGGUUACCCCUGUUCUCAUUCCAGAGCACCUGGGACCUUCCCGUGCUGCUAGGAGGCCUCCCGCAGGACAGUGUGUGCCCCACCCCCUUGGUAACAUCGCCUACCCCAUGAAGGGAAAUUGCUUGCAUGGUGGCAGAGGCCUGAGACACCCCAGGCCCGUGCUGAGGUUAGGGGCUAUGAUGCUUGGGGAGGGACCAGUGAUAUCAGCUGGUCCCACCUCUGAGCCUUGUGCAGGAAGAGGAAACAAAGGCCCAUUCUGCACUUGAGGAAAUGGGCUCAGAGAGGUUGAGUAAUUUGGGCAAAGCCCCACAGUAAGUGACAGAGAUGUGAUUUGUACCCACACCCGCGUGAGUCCAAGGCCUGCUCUCCCCAGGCGUGAAGGCAUGACUUCCCUCUCUAGGCAUCACCAGUGGCCAUCUGCCUCCUUCCAAAGCCACAAGGCUGAUGACCCCACCCCUCCUCAGAGCCCAGGCGUCCCAGCAGGGCCUAUUGGAAGUGGGGCUCCCUCCUUCAUCCCCGCCGAGGGCCUCAGCACCCAUUGGGGGCAGGGUGUAGAGCCUGUCCUGGGGAGGGGGCAGUGGGGCCUGAGCUACGCCCUCAAACCCGGGAUCAGGCUGAGGAUCUGGUCGCUUGGGACGGUGAGGCCUCUGGGUCAUCCUGGGGACAUGCUAGACGCCCCCUCCCCCCAGCUGGGCCAGAGGGGUGGGGUGUCCUGGGUUGUCCUGCCUCUGGUGCACCGUCCGGCCUCACACAACGACAAUGAGGCCAAGGACUUCAACCCCCCCCCAGACCGUGUGAUUUGGCCUUGAGUGUGGUGUGUGUUGUCAGCAUGUGGUCUCAGCGCAUAUGUGGCCAAGACACGUGGUGUCUCAUCUUCGUGGGAGGCGUGUUGUCUUAGCAUGUGGUGUGGUCAGCGGUGGCCAUGUUAUAUGGUAGGAAGGAUGAACUGUGUGCCACAGGCCACCAGGUGCUAUCUCCACACGCAGGCCCUGGGUUGUUCCCACAAUUAGAGCCUGUCCCGGCAGCUGGGCGGCUGGCCCUAGACACCUGAGUUCUGGGAGCGGAGGCCCCUGCCCAGUGCCCCUUGGCCACAAAUACCUGUAGUCGGUGCUCGCAGUGUGAGCCAGGCAGGCGGUGGGGAGCAGGCACCCCUCCCGGGCCCGUCAGGAGGCAAGCGGGCAGACAGGCGAGGGGCCAGGGCACUGCAGGGUCUGCUGGGAGUCAGGUGUCUGACCCAAGAGAGAUCUGAGCAUCAGGAGCUGGGGGAGGGGAAGGUCUGCUCAGAGAGAGGCAGGGCAGCCAUCCAGGGGGGGCUCCUCUCCCUCCAAGAGCCCUUUACCCCUAGGCCUGGCGCCCAAGGCUCUGGGCAAGAAAGGCUCACCCAGGGGGAGGACCCCCAUCCCUGCCCUCAUGGCUUCCCCUUCCAGGUCCAGAGUGGGUGUGCCUGCCCCUGCCAGCCAGGCCCCUCCCCGCCUCACCCCACACCCAGCCAGCCUGUUAUAAAUAGGAGGCUGCCUGGCCAGUGUCGGGCCACAUCCCACUUUGCCUUGUUACCCACUACAGCGUUGUCAUCAGGCCACCCACCACGGGAGAAUGGAGGCACCUGCACAGGAAGGCUCCAGCUUCAAGGCAGGAGCUAUGGCCCAGGCAUCCGGUGGCUCCCCAGAGUCCCAUGAUGCCCAGCUGCCACCGCCACCUCAGCCCGAGGACGAGGAGGGGCAAGGGGAGGGGCUCGUGGAGCUGCACACCUCCUUCCGGGAGCUGUUCACCUUCUUCUGCACCAACGCCACCAUCCAUGGCGCCAUCCGCCUCGUCUGCUCCAGCCAGAACCGCCUCAAGACGGCAUCCUGGGGGCUGCUGUUCCUGGGUGCCCUGGGUGCACUCGACUGGCAGUUUGGGCUCCUCUUUGAGCAGUACUGGAGCUACCCGGUCAUCAUGACCGUGUCCGUGCACUCGGAGCGAAAGCUCUUCCCGUCGGUCACUCUGUGUGACAUGAACCCACACAGGCCGAGCUCAGUCCGCCACCAUCUGCAGGCACUCGAUCGGUUCGCCCGGGAGAACAUCCGCUCUCUCUACAAAUUCAACUUCAGCGAGGACGGGGAUGUCCCCUUUGCCGACGACCAGGGCCCACGGCCUGCCUUCUACCUGGACCACAGCGUCCGUCUGCAGAGGCUGAGCCACCCAGGUGGCCAGAGCAGAGUGGGUUUCAGACUGUGUAACAGCACAGGCGGAGACUGCUUCUACCGGGCCUUCUCGUCAGGUGUGACAGCCGCCCAAGAAUGGUACCGCUUCCACUACGUGAGCAUCUUGGCCCUGCUGCCCGCUGCCCACGAGGACAGCCACCAGAGCCACGGUGGCCACUUUGUCUUCUCUUGCCAAUUCGACGGCCGGGACUGCCAGGCCCGGCACUUCCAGACAUUCCACCACCCCACCUAUGGCAGCUGCUAUACCUUCAAUGGUGUCUGGGCUGCGCAGCGCCCAGGCAUCACCCAUGGUGAGUGCCAGCCGCAGGCGGAGUGGGGGAGAAGGCAUCCUGGCCAGCCUGGCCUCACCCCGCUUCUUCCCCCAGGAAUCAGCCUGGUCCUCAGGACUGAGCAGCAGGACCACCUCCCGCUGCUGUCCACGGAGGCUGGCAUCAAAGUCAUGAUUCAUGAACGUGACCACACACCUUUCCUGGAGCACCAGGGUUUCAGCAUCCGGCCAGGGACCGAGACCACCAUCGGCAUCCGAGAGGACGAGGUGCGCCGGCUGGGGAGCCCCUAUAGUCACUGCACCCACGGUGUGGAGGGUGUGGGUGGGCAGCUGCUGUACAAUGCCUCCUAUACCCUGCAGGCCUGCCUGGUAUCCUGUUUCCAGCAGCUCAUGGUGGAGACCUGCUCCUGCGGCUACUACUUCUACCCUCUGCCGGCAGGGGCCCAGUACUGCAGCUACUCCCGGCACCCAGCCUGGGGCCACUGCUUCUACCGCCUCUACAGGGACCUGGGGACACACCGACUUCCUUGUGCCUCCCGCUGCCCCAGGUCCUGCAGGGAGUCUUCCUACAAGCUCUCUGCCGGGACCUCGAGGUGGCCUUCCUCCAAGUCAGCUCACCCUGAGGGCUGGGAGGAGCAGUGGCCACAACGAGGCUUCUGUGUGCAGGACUGGAUCCUGGCUGUGCUGGGCAAGCCAGGCCGCAGGAGCUCAAGCCAGAGCAAGAGCCCAAGCCCAAGCCUCAGGAGCAACAUGGCCAAGGUGAACAUCUUCUACCAGGAGCUCAACUACCGAACAGUGGAGGAGACACCCGUUUACUCGGUGCCCGAGCUGCUCUCAGCCAUGGGCAGCCUCUGGAGCCUGUGGUUCGGCUCAUCUGUCCUCUCUGUCCUGGAGCUGUUGGAGCUGCUGCUCGAUGCCGUAGCCCUCACACUGCUACUGGGCUGCCGCCGGCUCCGCAGAACUCAGGGGUCCCAGACAGGGGCAGCCACAGUGGCAUCCCACGCCAAGCCGGAGGCCAGCCAGUUGCCCACUGACUGCAGGAACGAUGUUAAUCAUUUGGGGGGCCCUGCUGGCCUCUUCUCCCAUGCCGCUUCUGGGAGCUGUGGCAGGAAUCUUUGCUGAAGAGUUAGGCCAAGUGAGAGCCCCAGCCUCCUGACACCUGAACCAGUCUGAGCUUGUUCUGACCCUGAGGAAUAUGGGAGCGGUGGGCUCUCCUGGCUGCCCAGAGUGAACCAGACCAGCCCCACGGAGCCACCACCAGGCACCCAAGCCAAGCCCAGGGCCCAGGAAAGCAGCAGCACGGAGCCCACAGGCAGGCAGGCAGGCACCAGGGUGCCCAGCCCAUUGGGCCCUCUCAUCAGCCCAGUGGUGGCCCAGGGGUGGCCUCACUCAAGGAGGCCCAGGCAGGGGGGAGGGGAGUGUCCCCACCACUCUGGAUCCCUGCGUCUAGUCUGUACGUACCCGUGAGUGUGUGCAUGCAAGGGGGUGGGGGGUACCUCCACAUGGGAGUGUGCCUGUGUUUGGUGUCACUGUCAUGUAAAAACGUACGUGUGCUUCUGAGUGUGCCAACAUAUCUGUCUACACCUAUGUGUAGGUGUGUGCGGGCAUCAGGCAGAGCCUUCCUUAACUCAGGACAGGUGGAAGGAAGGGUAGGGCCAGGCCAAGGUAACCUUGGUGACCUUGGGCUGCUUUGUAAUAAAACUUGUGAUCUCACCUGGUGGCCGAGUGUGUGCACCUCCCCAGUCACCCUUCCUGAGUAAGCUGGAACCCCCAGGCUGCACCACCACACCCCUCAGAGCCACAGACAUGCUGUGGGGGUCAGGGGGCAGGAGGGCAGCUGUGCCCACAGCUAGCUUGCAGAGCCAGGGCUUGCCCAGGAGACAAGACCAGACCCAGAUCACCCCCACCGCUUUGCAUCCACUCCUACUCCCUGCAGGGGCCACAGUCCAGGCCAGAGAAAGGCGGAGGGCCCAGGGAAUGGGGCCUGUUGGUGUUGGGAGUCGGUUUCCAUCAAAGAGGCCACAGGUCCCCAGCAGGUCCCCAGCAGGCAGAGGCUGGGUUCUGACUUACUGUGUCCUUUGGGGGCACUGGUGCUACCCCACUCAGGGCCACCCCUUGGAGAAGGCAGGUGACCCGGAGACACCCCCUCCCCAGCUGAGACAGAGUGGAGUGAGGCGGGUGAGCCAAUGACAGGCAGGGGUGCAAGCAGCAGUUUAUUAACUGUGAUCUGGAGCAGGGGGCGGGUCCUGCCAGCCCGAGGCCCUGAUGCAGGUGGUGGGGUGGGAGGUGGGGGCAGAGCUCAAGCAGGGAGAAAGGAGGGAGUUAAUUCUGCUCUGUAGGGGUCACGGCCAACAGGCAAGGGAGAUGGGAGGGCACUUAGUCAGCACCCACCUUGCCGCCAAUGGAGCCUCCCUGGACAGUUUUUGCAUAGUGACCGGCCAACUGGCCUUGGCCUGACCAAGGAUGUAAGUUGGGGAGAGGCCCAGCCACUGCCCCAGGGCUCCAGGAAAGGGGAAUGCAGAGUGAACACCUUGGUGGGCCCUGGGGAGUGAGCUGAGGGACCCCUGGGCCCAUCCAAGGGCCCAGCUAGAGGAGCGAGGCAGGUGAGGGGCAGAACAGAGCUGCAGGAGCCCCCCCCCCCCCCAGCAGCAGGCAGAGCCGGGCCCGUCCAGGUGGCCCUCAAGAGUCCACAGAGAAAAGACACAAGACAAAGUGAGAAAGAGAUCGUUGUAGAAAAUCCGCUCGGUCUGUGACAAAGAAUGUCAGGUGCAGGGGCGGAAAGUGCCAAAGUCCUUUAUGCACCGGCUCUGGGCCAAGCGCCUCUGGAGGAGGCAGAGACAGGUCUUGGGCUGCCCAGGACUGGGGCCUGCGUGGCCAGCCACAUGGCCUCGGGACGCCCGCGUCCAGCCAGGGCUGAGGCCCCAGGCCACAGCCCACCCCCCCCCCCCCAGCACCCGAGAAGCCCAGCCUGGAUGCCGGUCACUAAGUGAGGUACACGGGUUGAUUCCCUGGAUGGGCUGUCCCCUUCUGCCCUUGAAAGGCGCUGGUGGCCAGCCACCAGCCCCAAGGCCUAGCAGAGGGGCUCUGGGGGUGUGUAGGAGGGACCCAACUAGCAGGUCAGUGUUCCAUGGCAGUAAAGGUGGGGGCACGAGGUGACACCGGCCCCAGAGCGGGGGAGGGAGGGUGGUUCUGAGGGGCACAAGGUGACACGGGGCCUUGAGAGUGGUUUGUGACAUGAGCGACCCGGGCUCCCGAGGAAGGGGCCACCUGAAGACGGAGGGUCCCCGGGUGCGGCGAGGGGCAUCAAAUGAUGCAGCACCUCCCAGGGGGAAACGUGGGGCUUCAGAAGACCCCGUGCUGGGGUCCCUCUCACGGCCCUGGGGGUCGGGCAGCUCCCGGGAGGGCAGAGCAGGCAGCUGGGGCUCCAGGGAAUGGCCGGGGCGUCCCGGGCAGGGCAGGGGCCUGGCCGCCCUAGCUCUCCUCCAGGUGGAGGCUGAUGAACUCCUGGAUGCACCUGCGGUACUGGAGCUCCGUGGGGCUGCUGCCCGCCAGGGGGCCCGGCUGGCCCGGGGGCGCCUCCGCCUCUCGCAUCUCCUCAGCCAUGCGGGCCAGCCGGAGCCUGGGGGAGGCGCGGCGGCGUGAGGUGUGGAGGGGCGGGGAGGGCGAGAGCGGGACGCGCUCCUUCCCCCAGAGCCCCCAGCCUUCGCGCCCCACCCCCGACGGCCCCGUCAGCGCUCACAAAGUGACGAUGUCCGCGUUUGCCUCCUGGAUCGCGAUGCUCAGUGGGUCCUGCUGCUUGUGGUCCAAGGCGUGCUGGUCGGCCCCCCGCUUCAAGAACAGGCAGACCUGACUGAAGAAGGGUGGAGGGGACGGGUCGGGGCUGGCCAGGGGCGGGAGGAGGUGGCUCCAGCCCCCCUUCCCUGGGCGGGCAGGAGGGGCGCCAGAGACUCACCCCGUGCGUCCCAGGAGUGUGGCAUGGUGCAGCGGCGCCCUGCCCCGGCUGUCUCUUUGGUUCACAUCUGCUCCGUUUUGCAGAAGGAAUUCACAGACAAUCAAGGAGCCCUGGGGAGCCGAGUACAGUCAGGUUAAGCUGAGGAAAUGGCUCCUCUCUGAUCUGGGGGGGGGCGGGGCACGGGCACAAGGGGCCCUUGUGUGGGCGCCAGAAGAAAGCGGGCUCUGAAGAUGCACCUGUGCCCUGUGCCACCCCCCUGCGCCUGCUCACCCCCAGCACAGCCUGCACCAAAGGCGUCUUGCCCUCGUCCUCCGCGUCGGCCCAGUUGACCUCUGCCCCGUGCGCCAGCGCCAUGGCCAGCGCUCGGAGGUCUCGGGUUCGCGCCGCUCGGUGCGCCAGUAGACCAGGGUGCAGCUCGCGCACGUCCGCCAGGCCCCAGGACUCUGCUUCUCCAUCCGCCUCCCCGCUGGACUCCUCUGACUCUGCACCCUCUACGGGGAGAGGUGCUGCGGUCAGGGGCUGUGACCAGGCCAGGGGUGCGGCUGGGGAGGGCCGGGGCGGGGACGGGGGGGGGGGGGGGGGUGGGGUGGGGAGGGGGGGGAGGGGGCACACCCACCCUCCUCAGUGACGCUGUCCACAACAGAGCCUCCGCCAAAGGCUAGAACGUCAGAGCUGCCAUCAGAGCUGCCUCCUAAGCCACUGUCGCUGCUCAGACCUGCGGGGUCCGGGGACAGAGGGGGUCCUUAGAGCUCCUGACUCCAGCUGGAGCCCUGUGGGAAGGCUGGAAGCCCCAUCCAUCCUCCAGGGACAGGAUCUGCUGCCACGAGGGGAGGGGAGCCCUGCCUAGGAUGGGGGGUGGGGUGGGGAGGGGAGAAAACCAAGGAAGGGCUCAAAGGAGCCAAAGUAACGCAUCAGAGAGCACAACUCCAGGGGAAGCCACCCCCCACCCCCCAGCAGGUCAGCCCUGGCAGGAUGGAUGGGCGGAAGCAUGACCAUGCACAGAGGAUAUUCAGCCCUGUCUGUGCUGAGUGCACCCUGGGAGGUCACUGUGCAGCAAGGGGUCUUUGCCAAGCCCUGGGACACCCCCACCUCCUCUCCCCCUCCCCAACUAUGCUGAGUGAAAUCUCAGCUGGCUUACCCAAGGGCAGCCCCAGGCUUAGGAAUGGUGAGGCAGCGCCCUCUGCCGCCUGAGGGCACGCUCUUGUCACCCCCAGCACCCCUGUCUGUUCUUGGCCUGGGUCCACGCCUUCUGCCUACACUGCCCAGAAAGGCUCUACAAGUGCUCCAGACUACUGGGUGCUGGUAAAUCGUUAACAGGAAGCCCUUGGCGGGAAACCCUGCUUGUAGCAUGUGGCCCCCAACUCCAAGAGGGGCUGGGAAGGGUGCACAGUUCUCUCACGGGCUGGCUCCAGCACACAGCUGUCCAGGCCCCCAGCAUGCACAUGCGCGCGCGCACACACACACGUACCUAUAUGCCUAUGCGCACAUCCAGCCACACGCCCACAUACACUCCAAUGUGCGCACCGCGCACACAAUUCAUACACAUCACUCUCGAGGAUCAGGACCUUGGUCUCCAAGUGGGUGGCCAAGUAACCCCAGACCCUUGAGAUGCUAUCUCAACCUUAUCCCUGCUUGACCCCUAAAUUCUCCCCAGCCCCAGCCCAUUCCUUCCUGCAAAAAACGCCUGUCCCUCUGGUCUCCGAGCACAUGGCUAAGGCUGUCCACACUCAUCCACCUCAAGAUGAGCAUGCCUGGCCCUGCUCUGCUGGCCUCACUGAGGGGAGUCGGGUGACAGGGGCCAGGGCCCUCACGGCACUUACUCCGUGGACCGGCUGCAGCAGCUCCAGCAUCGAAGUAGGAGAAGAGGGAGUCCAGCUCAUCCGGGCAGAAGAGAGAGUCCCUCCGGAACUUGCGCUCCACAGCACCUGCUGCGGGGAGGCUUGCAGACCCGGCUCCUGCAGCCACCACCCCCUGCCAACGGUCUGAGGUGGCCUCCAUACAUACCUUCAGCAGCUCUGGCUCCCAUGAGUCCAGGGUCAGGGACCGCACCUUGGAGCAGUGGACACCCAGGCUCCUGGGAGGUGAGGAGGCAGGGGUGAGUCAGGGCGUGGCUCUACCCCAGCACCUCAGCCCCUGCCCACCCAGUGGGCGCACCUGUGGAUGCCAGAGCACUCGAUGCAGAGCAGCACCCCCAGGUUGAUGCUGGCCCAGCGGGGAUCCGGCUGGCCACAGUCCCCACACUGGCUAUUGCCAGCCACGUUCUGCACACGCUGCAGCACGCUCUCGCCCUUGACGCUGCGCUCCCGCGAGUCCGUAGCAGAGUCGAUGCUGCUCGUGGACGGAGACGCCGUGCGGUCCAGCCUCUGGGGAUGGUGUGAGGGGCCACUCAGCCUUCAGGAGUUCCAGCCUCGAUCACCCCGGUGGGCCCCCUCUCCCCCGCCACCCAGAGAUGCCGGCACAGGCUAGGACGCCUGAAGCGUAAGCCUGCGUGUCCGUGUGUGCACGCAUACUCACACGCACGUACACACGACGCGCACACCUACGUGUGCAUGAGCACGUGCUCACACUCACAUGCACGCUUGCAUGCAGCCUGCAGGGGCUGCCUCUCUGCAGCAUGCAGGCACGUGUGCACACACGUGGAGGGUCCCGAGAGGGCCGCACCUCACUGUAGCAGCUGUCCGGGCUCUCCCGGUAGGCAGAGGCGAUGCUGGCCUGCACAGCUUGAACCCAGGCCUGCCGCAGCUUCUCUGAGUCGGCCUGCAGCAUGCAGCUCCUAGGGGAAGGGGACCAUCAGGCCGGGUGGGCGGAAGGGCUCCCUCCCCCACCCCACCCCGGGUUGGGCCUCCUCACUUGGUGGGUGACACGACCUCAAAACAGAACCUCCGUUCGAUGUCCUCACAUGGCUUCACGGAGCACAGACGGAGGUCAUCCACCACCACGGUGAGCACGUCCUGCGGGCAGCACCACCAGGGCCCUUGCGCUCAGCACGCAGGCCUGGCCCUGCACUGACCACCCAUUUAUCGUUCCAUUUUAGAGACACAGACCAUCUGAGACCCAGGUGGUCUCUGCCCUCGGGCGGCCCAUUCAGGCUCAGUGUCCUCAACCCUGUGCAACCCCCGCCGCCCAGCCCACCCCGGGGUCCAGGCGGGGAGGGGCCCGGCUGUCACUGACCCAGCCCCAGCAGCCCUGAAGCGCACCUUGAGUUUCUUCUGGUAGACCAGCUGGCUGUUCUGGAUGGAGAACCAGCGCCUGGGCAGGUGGAUGGGCCAGGAGGGGGUCAGGCAGGGCCAGUCCCCUGUCUAACCCCACAGACCCCCUGAGCAGGCCCCUCCCUCACCGGUUCCACGUCUUGAAGGCAUUACUGGCCCUCUUGAAGAGGUAGCCCUCCAUCACCACACCGCUGGGCGCGUCCACAUCAAACUCCACUUUGGGCUCAUCGUAGGAGAAGUCCUGGGGGUGGUUGGAGCCCAGCCCCCAGUGAGUGCCCGGCCUGGCUGCGAGGACACUGCUGCCCUGCCAGGCUCCCCCAGAGCCAACGCUGAGAGACUGAGGAGACACUGGGCGUUGUCCUGUGUGUCCGGCGGCAGGAGAGGAGGCCCGGCCACCUGCUCCCCUGGCUGAGUGGGGGCAGAAAGGGACAGCUGCUGCUGUUCCCGCGGGGGAUGCAGUCCAGCUCAGCCCAAGUCCCCGCUGGUGCCAGCCGCCGCUGCAUGCUCGCAGCAAAGGCACUCCCACUCACCUGCAGCAGCGUCUGAGGGGGCCAGGAGCAGGAGGGGGUGCAAAGAGGGAGAGAGAGCCGAUGAGUGGGCUCCCAGUGGUCUGGGAACAGUCACUCCUACCUGCAGCCCACCUCUACCCUGGGGCUGUCUGGGCAAGAGCCAGCAACUGAGGCCUCAGAGACCACCACUGGCCUCAAAGGAAGGAAACCCCGGGUCCCCGCUCUAGCCCCAGCCCCAGCAUCUGGAACCCGGAUGGGCUGGCUCCCCUGCCCACCCAGGCCUGGCCUCUAAGUGACCCCUAAGUGACCGAUGCCCCUUCUACUCUGCCGUUUGAGGCUCCUAAGAAUGGAGACCUCUCUGAAGAGAGUGGGCAGCUCAGUCAGCUCAGUCGUUAAGCAUCCGACUUCAGCUCAGGUCAUGAUCUCACGGGUUCGUGAGUUCAAGCCCUGUGUCAGGUUCUGUGCUGGCAGCUCGGAGCCUGGAGCCUGCCUCGGAUUCUGUGUCUCCCUCUCUCUGCCCCUCCCCCACUCGUGCUCUGUCUC